CUUUUCUGAAUCUGAAAACAUAUCGUUCAGCCUCUCUCUCUCUACACACAAUGAACGCACCCACAGAAUAAUCUUCUACGCACCGCAAUUGAUCAUCUCCAACCAACAAACCCACCACCCGUCCACAACAAUCAGAAUGAACACCAUCGACGCAACAGAGCACUACUCAACAAGUGCGAAUGACCGCCCCCCCUCCCUCCUAACCGUCAUCCUCGACACAAACCCCCACGCCUGGUCACAACUCUCACCCUCCCUCCCGCUCAGCACCGCAAUCGCCAACAUCCUCGUAUACCUCAACGCCCACCUCGCCUGCAACUACGCCAACGAAGUAGCAGUCGUAGCAGCGCACACGCACAGCGCGAACUGGCUGUACCCUGUGUCUGCCUCUCAACAUGCCUCACCCACCAGCACAAGCAGCACCAACAAAAACCGGCCGGUACCACCCACAGAAAUGAACAAAUACAGACCAUUCCGGAUCGUGGAAGAACAAGUCACCGAGAACCUACACAAACUGCUUCACGACAACACAACACCCGAGAACCUAAGCGGGACGACAUCGACAUUGAUGGCUGGGGCGUUGACGCUGGCGCUGAGUCAUAUCAAUCGGCGGACGAUGGCGUGGGCGGAGGCGCAUGGUGGGGAGACGGAGGUUAAUACCCAUGGUCCUAGUUCCACCAGCGAGAGUUCAAAUCGAAGUGCAGGGACGGAAUCAGGAUUGCAGUCGCGGAUUUUGAUCGUCAGCGUCAGUAGCGCCACGGGCGCCGCCCAUCAGUAUAUCCCGAUUAUGAACGCCAUCUUCGCGUGUCAGCGGCUGCAUAUCCCUAUCGAUGUGUGCAAGCUGAGCGGCGACGCGGUGUUCCUGCAGCAGGCAGCCGAUGCGACGAAAGGCGUGUAUAUGGCGCUGGCGGAGCCGCGUGGGCUGCUGCAGUAUCUGAUGAUGGCGUUUUUGCCGGACCAGCGCUCGCGGAGGCAUCUCAUCCUGCCGACUCGCGUGGAUGUGGAUUUUCGCGCGGCGUGCUUCUGUCAUCGCCGCGUCGUCGAUGUCGGGUUCGUGUGCUCUAUCUGUCUGAGUAUCUUCUGCGAGCCGUUGGAGAAGGGCGAGUGUUUGACGUGUGGGUCGGUGCUGGAGAUGGGGGACUACGGGGCCAAGCCCGCCGUUGUCGCACGGAAGAAGAAAAAGAAGAAGGCGCGUGGUGCCAAUGGGCCCUCGGCCACCCCGACGCCUACGACGACACCUGGUCCGUGAGGGGGAGAAAGAUGGCUCCGCAGGACUUACUAUGUCUUGCUCUAACUAAACGGCAAUCGUGCUGGUCUCGCUACCCUUCCGGGUCUACAAAGCUCCUAUCCCGCGGGAAAUACUGUGUUAUUCGUGGCCUACUAGGCGUGAGGAAAUACAUAGGAAACGGAUGCACUCUGUUCUCCACCUGAUUACCUGGCUGCUCAACACAUCCUGAACCCAAUCACACAAUGGUAUAACCAGUGCUUGGUGCCAGGACAACCGCGUUGCAGAAUCUCUUUCCGGCUGAAAAGGCUCUUAGUGAUAUUGGACCCGUGUUGGCCCAGACUUGACGCAAAGCGCAGGUGCUGGAUUCAAAUUGUAAAGAUACGUCAGCCUGCAUCGUUGAGUUUCAGGCCUGUAUCUAG